AUGAAUAUUGCACAGACGAGAAAGACAUGCAAAGCAAUCUGGAGUCUACUUGUACUCAUGGGAGCUACACUCCAGAGCUCGGACAAUGGUGCAAACCCAGACGGAAUCGGUAGCUUUGAAAGGCAUUCUAGGAAUGAAAGAAAAAUAUCUAUACAUUCCAAGGACAUUGAAUAUAUUGACAGCUAUAUUAGGGGGUCAGUGAAGUCAGAGAUAAAGGAAUUGGUUCUCAGUAACAACAAUCUCGAAACAUUACCACCUGUAAUGGAAGAGCUGGAGAAUCUAAAAGUAUUAUUUCUUAAUGUUAACAGAUUAAAGUUAUUGCCAGAUGAGAUAGGAAAGUUGGUGAGCCUGCAGGAACUGUGUCUUUCUUGUAAUGAACUAAAGCUACUGCCUGCUAAGAUGGUAGAGCUGAAGAGUCUACAGAAACUGGAUCUUUGGAAAAACAGAUUUGAAAAAUUUCCAAAUGUAGUAGGAGAGCUGAAGAGUCUACAAGAACUGGAUCUCAGUGGUAACAAACUUGAAUCACUGCCGGCAGUGAUAGGGAACCUAAUUAAUCUACAGGACCUGGAUCUCCAUGAAAAUAGUCUCAAGACAUUACCAACUGAGAUAGAAAAGUUGAAGAGUCUGCAAAAGCUAAACCUUCAAAAUAACAGAUUUGAAUCACUACCGGCAGUGAUAGGGAACCUAACUAAUCUACAAGAACUGGAUCUUGAUCAUAACAAACUCAAGACACUACCAGACACUAUAGGAGAGCUGAAGGAUCUAAGAAUAUUAAGUUUUAUCCAUAACGAAUUUGAAUCAUUGCCAACUAAGGUAAUAGAGUUGAGGAAUUUACGAGAGCUGAAUUUCGACGAUAAUAAACUAAAGCUACUGCCAGUUGAGAUAGGAGAAUUGAAGAAUCUACAAAAACUGUAUCUCAGUGGUAAUAAUCUUAAGACACUACCAGACACUAUAGGAGGGUUGAAGGAUCUACGAGAACUGAGUCUCAGUGGUAACGAACUUGAAUCACUACCGGCCGUGAUAGGAAACCUAGUUAAUCUCCAGUAUCUGAAUCUUGAUCAUAACAAGCUCAAGACAUUACCAGACACUAUAGGAGAGCUGAAGAAUCUACGAAAACUGUAUCUUGGCGGUAGCAAACUCGAGAUUCUACCAGUAGCAAUAGGAGAGCUGGAGAAUCUACAAAAAUUGCAUCUUAGUGGUAACAAGCUCGAGACACUGCCAAUUGAGAUAGAAAAGUUGUCAGGUUCAUUGCGAUUACUGAAUUUAAGAGGCAAUAACAUUUCAGAGGUUGGUGAUGGAGAAAGGACUGUGGGCUGGAGAGAAUUGAGAGCGAUAUUUGGAGAUCGUGUUAUGCUUGAUAACGACAGUGUUGAAUAUGAAGAAGAUGAAAUUUCAGUCGAGGAUGUGUACAGAGAACUUAAGAGCAAGCCAAUGCACUGGAACUUCGAGAUGCUGAAGACACUCAGACCACAGUCAGUUCCUGAGUUUAGAUGCAGCGAGGAAGAAUUGAUGGGGCUGUGGAAUGAGAACAUGUUUGUGAGGGAGUGGGACAGGCUGAGGCCCGAGGUCAUUGAAACGAUUGAGGCCAACAGAAGAGUCCUUUUGGCAGUGUAUGGAGAGGACUUUUCAAGACUGCUCAGGACAGAUGUAGACGGGGAGACCAGGAAUAGGAAUAUCACAGAGAUUGUUACGAAGAUUGCAGAGAACAAAGACAGCCAUACCAGGGAACGAAACAUCUCAAAGCUCACUGGUAAUGACAAAAACGUCUUUAAAGACAUGUGGGAGAAGAACAGCCACAUGUUCAUAAUGGGCGACAACAAGAGAACAAUGGACGAGUUCAUACACCACAUCUACAAUCCAGACCAGGAGUACAGGAGGUGGGGGAUGAAGAAGAAGCACACAGGCCUGGCCAAGAACCUGCUUGGAUCCAUACUCAAUGCUCUUUCGAGAGAGAGUGAUGGGGAUGUGGUCUUCUCGAACAUCAAUGGAAUCUGUGAGGGGCUUGGGUAUUGUCCGGACAGACAGAUAUCCGAGAUGAUGUUUGUGCACAAUUUGCUGACAGGAGAUAUGGAGGAGCAGGAAGGUAGCAGUCUGGAGAACAGAGUGAGGAAGGCUGUUGAGAGAUGGGUUGGGCAGGAAAAAGAACGGGUGUUUGAUAUUGCAGUCACACCCAUGAAUGAGGGG